AUGGGACCCCCCGGUAUGAAGGGCCAAAAAGGGGAACCUGGAGAACCGACAUCAACAUCUCUGCAGCUCUUCAGGGGGGAACCUGGAAGUAUUAUUUCAACCCCCGAGAUUUUGGUCAAGCCCGCAGUAAAAACUGUAACAUUGAAUGAAUCGGCUACGUUUCAGUGCUCACCGGAGAGAAAAGUUGACGCCAAAAUAUCAUGGGCUAAAGAAGGUGGCUCUCUUCCCGCUGGACGACAUUCCAUUGUGAAGGGGACUCUACUUAUCAAGAAUGUGAUCGUUGGAGACAACGGGAUGUACGUAUGUACGAUCCGAACUGACCAGGGAACCGCGCAGGCCGCAGUAACACUCAACGUCAGAGGUAUGAGCAGAAAAAUUCAGUGUCAUUUUUAGCAUAACACAUCCUCCAUUAAUAAAGGAAACUGACCCUCGGUUAACACAAAGGGGUAACUAACUCCUUAAUGCCGUGAAGCUCCCCAUUCCUAAAUGGAGACCUGAUCUACCAAAGAAAUGACUAGUAUAGUUAAUUAAUUGACGUAAGAGUAGCCUUGAUUAAAUUUAAUACCUGUAAUCCCGGGCUGCAAUCAUCCAAACUGCAAUCUACGCCACGCUCUGAUUUUUCUUAUGCUACAAAGUAGCCAAAGUAAUCAAGUUUUAUCACGCUGUAUCAUAAUGCUUUAAUUAGUGAUUACGCGACUAGUUUCUUUUUCAUUCAUCUGAAAAUUCAGCCCUUUGCCGUUCAACGUUCAUAAAGUAAACAAGAUUAAAAAUGUACGAGGCGGUUUGUAGUCAGAGUAAAAAGCGCGCGGCUGAAGACGUUGAAGUGACGGAUGGGUAAAGGGUGUCAAAUCAGUAUCUUACGAUUAUGACAACUUGAAAAUUUGCUUAAGUCAGUUCCCUACUGCUCAUGUACGCUUUAAGUUACCUUCGAGAACUGUUAAUUAAGCAACUCUGAAGAGGUUAUAGUUUUUUUCUCAUUUCAGCAGUUCGUUUACGUUUAUACCUACAAACCAACGUUAAACAUAUCAUCCUUAAUUGAAUUGAAAAUGCCACAAUGUUAGACUUUCUGGUCUUCUCGGAUAAGGAUGAGAAACCGUAGGUCGGCCGUCUCAAAGCACACACUGGUUCUUUUGGGACGUAACCGACACAACUGUUCGAAACAAGGAAGAUUAGGGGACGUAGACCCUGGUGGUGUGGCCAACCUUUCCUGGGCUGGGUGGGUAAUAUCUGUAAGUGUUCUUAAUAUAGGGAUAACCUCAUGAUCCUUCUUCAGGUGUCGUAUGUAAUGGCUACCUGUAAAAAGUGUAUGUGUGUGUUUGUAUGUAAUGUGCCUUAUAAAAAGAAGGCAAUUUUACAAAAAAAAAACGCAUGGAAACAUUCAGAACGUACAGAUAACUGGAAUGUUUUGACCUCGCAUUAGACAGGGUUUUUAAUUUAAAGCAAGCAGACCCUGAAAGUGCACGUGCACAUCAGUUGUUCUAACUGUUUUGUUUUUUCUUGUUGUAGCUCGUCCAGACGUUUCUCUUAUCACUGGCCCAAUAUACGCUGAGAGCGGGAAAAAUGUCAAAUUGCCCAAAUGCCAGAUCAUUGGAUAUCCACCUCCAGUAAUAUCCUGGACAAAACUUUUUGACCAAAUUCCCACUGAAAGAGCAGUUGUCGAAGGUCAAACAUUGACCAUAGUAAAAGCUAAGAAGAAGGAUGCAGGAACGUAUAUUUGCUCUGCUACAAAUAUUAUGGGCACUUCGCACGCCAUGACAACCUUAAUCAUCAAUAUAGUGCCACAAUUUACUGUCAGGCCACCCAAGAUGAUAGAGCGUUAUCUUGGACAGUCAGUUACAUUGAACUGCUCUGCAGAUGGACACCCAGUACCGAGUAUCACGUGGUCACGUUGUAAAGGACACAUUCCAGAAGGGCGCGCACAAGUGGAGAGUGGACAACUAAAGAUAAACAGUUUGACAGCUGAAGACAGUGACACCUACACCUGUAGANUAAAGGACACAUUCCAGAAGGGCGCGCACAAGUGGAGAGUGGACAACUAAAGAUAAACAGUUUGACAGCUGAAGACAGUGACACCUACACCUGUAGAGCUCAGAGCGAGUUAGUUCACGUGGAGACUGAAGUAAAAGUUGUAGUCAAAACUGGUAAGAAAUAAUAAUUUAUAAGAGGUUCUUAUAAACGUGUGUUCUAUUUUAUCGCGAUAAUGUCAUAAAAGGACGCCACCUCAUGAAUAUCAUCAUUGGUGUUGUAGACGAUCGUUGUGUCUAUGAUUCAAUUCUCAAAAGCUCUUUGGAAAGUGUACCUGUUCUGUUUACUACAAUAUCGAUACUGUACUAGUAAAAUCUCGAGUUUUUUCUUAAGAUAGAAUAUAGCCUCAAAUCUAAAUGGUAAGACCACAUUCUGAGGACUUAACACCCCUUUUUUCUGGGUUUAUAUAUAAGAACUGACAUCCUGUUUCAAUCAUGCCGCUGUGAGGGUUUGAAUACCAAAGUAAUGACCAGGUUUUAACGCACGGGUUUUAAUUAAGUGUUUCUUCCUCCUUUAUAAUUCGUUUUGCAUCGUUUUGGGUUGGGUGUGAUGCGGAAAGCAGACAAAUCCGUUUUUAAAAAAGAAUAAGUCAUUUUAAAAGCUAUUUCCUUCCUUGCUUUAUUCCCUCUGAAUGAAUGUCUCUUUUACAGCACGGGACUGUGCCGAGCUGUUUUCAGCCGGCUUCAAAGAAAGCGGCGUGUACACAGUAAACCCAACCAACAGAUCCAGUUUUGACGUGUACUGUGACAUGAAGACUGAUGGCGGUGGAUGGACAGUCUUUCACAAACGUUUUAAUGGGUUUGUCGGAUUCUACAGGGGGUGGGAGGAGUACAAAAAUGGCUUUGGUGACCUCAGAGGAGAGUUUUGGCUUGGAAACGAAAAGAUUCAUCAACUGACGGAAAUUCCUAGCCAGUUGCGUGUAGAGAUCAACACCACGUCCAGCGGGUAUAGAUACGCCAAGUAUAGCAAUUUCACGGUCACUAAUGAAGCAUCUAACUACACACUGUUCAUUGGGUUUUAUUCUGGUACAGCAACUGACAAGCUGACUUAUCAUAAUGAAAUGGCUUUUACUACUAAGGACCGUGAUAAUGACAAACAGAAAAGUUACAAUUGUGCUGUAAAUUUCAGAGGAGCCUGGUGGUUCAAAAGUUGUCAGGCCUCAAACCUGAACGCCAACUAUGGUGACAGCUCUUAUUAUCAUUGGAACUGGUAUCUCCUCGGAAGUGAGAUGAAACUGAAGGCGAAGCUAAAGGCUAAGUGA